CUUUCUUUUGUUAAAAGCUUCAUUUCUUCAUUAUUUCAGGACUGCAUUUACUGCUGGAAAAGUUGUUGAUUUGGGUGGUAGACUGAAUUCAGCAUGGAAGGCGUAUCGGUUGAUCAUUCCUCUGUGGAUGGUGAGUUGCAGGAUUUAUGCGGUGUUUUCGUACUUACAAUAUACUGUCCUUUCCCUGGCAUUUGAUUUAUUUAGAAUACCUACUGAUAUCCUGUAUAGGCCAGCAGUCUCGGUCAGCCAGAGAUGAGUUGGCUGUGGCGCAAUAUCAGGAUGGUGCAGCUACACCCCAGUUGACUCCUGCCACCCAGCAAUCAUCCAGAAAACCAGCCAAAUGUCGCUUCUUCACAACCAAGAAAGGAUGUCGUGCUGGUGAUGCCUGUCCAUAUCUUCAUGUUUCCAGCGCAGAGCGGAAUCUGGCAGCGCCCGGACGCCAGCCAGUACCUCAAUCUCGUCGGAAUACUUUGACAAAAGGCAAGGCCAGAUCCGAGGCCCCUGUGCAAGAUGUAGCGGCUGGUAUGGCAAAUCUGUCAACGGACAACUCCCCACCAGCCCCUAGUCCCUCGGUUACCCCGAACCCUAGGGCGGCACAGAGACCCGUCUCGAAGGCGCAGAGCCAGAAUCCAAGAGAAUUCCAACUAAACCAAUUGAGACGGCGUUUCCGUCCAAAUGAAGAGACGGAUAGUGUCAAAACGUCUCUCACCUUUAAGAUGGCCCCUUCGGACCCUGAUUUCCCAUUCGAAUUAGAAGAGUUGCAUUGCGUUUUACAUAUUCCUCUGACUUAUCCGACCAAGGGGCGGCCGUCACUGGAAAUAACCAAUACUGAAAUGGAUAGGGUUUACCAGGAGAAUGUAGAGAGGGGGUUUGACGAUAUCGUGGAUACGUCUUUGAGGAACCAUGGGCAAGCAACACUUCUAGGCUGGAUGAACAGUCUUGAUAAACACCUGGAGCGCUUUCUCUCAACGACGGAAAGAGGACCGACUCUUAAGUUCAUAGCUAACGUUAAUAAUAAGGCAACUGCCGUGCCCAUGGAUCCAGCCCCGAGUCGGGUGCCAUCGACUCAAUCAAAAGCGGAUAAACGGCCUGCUUCCAGUUCAGGGCUAUUACCUGCGCCAUCCAACCCGCGUCCAAAAUAUACUGCGGAGCAGUUGGCUCAAGCAGAGAAGCGCAGAAGAGAUGAAACCAGGCAGCUUGAAGCCCGACUGGGUAGAUUGCCUCUGUUUCAGAAGUCUUCUGAUGGGAUUUCAUUUACUGUCCCUAUUCAGCCUAGCAAAAUCGAUCGACUUUCGGUUCCACUUCGAUCUGCCAAGGCAGCAAAGCUGUUGGUGCCCUUAUUAUAUCCUCUGGAACACGCUGCUGUUGAACUGCAAGGUGUUGAAAAGACGGCAGCACGGCCCGUUGAAAGAGCCUUUGAACAGUGGGUCAAGGAGAAUUCUAAUUUGAAUCUGGUGUCUCAAGUCAACUACUUGGCAAGCAAUAUGCACACUUUUGCCAAUAAGCCAUUGUUAGAGGAACCUUCCGAGGCACCUCUUGAGCAGGAUAUGCCACAGGAUUUCCAUACCACCGAAAAUCAAUCUGAGCCUAUAAUGCGAGAGCCCCUGCAGGGAUUGGAUCACAGAUCCCACAUACAUGUUAUUCCUCGCCCUCCGGAAUGGGCCGCACCUGAUGAAGGCAGUGACGAAGAACUCACUGAUAUAUCCACUUCUGAGGAGGAGUUCUCCGACGAGGGUGAUGAGAGUGGUGGAGUACCUAUCCCUGACAGCGCCGCUGAAAGGGCAAUUGGACGUGGUGUUGCACUAUCCUUCCCAUAUCUGGAACUUUACGGGAUUGAACUGCUUGAACUGGUUAAUCUCUACAUCACGAUAAAGUGUGAACGUUGCAAGGAGCCGAUGGACGUGGAUAAUAUCCGACAAGUCAAGGACGCAAAUGGAACAUAUGCCCCCAAGGUUGAAGUGUGCAAGAAGUGCACAAAUACCAUGAGUAUUGGGUUUCGACAACAAUUGAUACAUCAAAGUUCCAAUCGUGCGGGCUAUUUGGAUUUGGAUGGAUGUACUGUGGUUGAUCUUCUUCCAAGCCUCUUCAUUCCAACUUGCGCUGAAUGCUCGACGCCAUACCCUGCUCCAGGAGUGACUGCUGUCCGUGGAGAAAGUGCAAUGGCCGUAUGUCGCCAUUGCCAUCGCAAGAUGGUGUUCAAAAUAGUUGAAGUCAAGUUUCUGCUCGUGGGAUCUGCUGCAUUUACCGCUCGCACUGUCCCGCUACGAAGGAAAAAGCCAAAGGAAACUCUCGGUAUUGUCGCUGGCCAGGAACUUCCUCGACGUGGACGUUGCGUUCAUUAUGGGAAAAGCUAUCGUUGGUUCAGAUUCAGCUGCUGCUCUAAAGUAUUCCCCUGUGAUAAGUAUGUGACUUUUCUUUAUACAUGCUGCGAAACAUCUUGCAUAAGAAACCCUGCUAGAAAAUAGAGUUAUUCAAUAUGCAAUUUACCCUUGUUGGAACUGCGAAGUUAACUAGCCAAUCCGUCCAGGUGCCACGAUGCAACAACUGAUCAUCCCAACGAACAUGCAAACCGCAUGAUUUGGUAAGUUUCUCUCCCACACGCAUGAUACUUAUCCAUGAUCGAAAUCGAGAUGGAGAGCACCUUAUGUCGGCCUUUGGCUGACUAUCCUCACCAGUGGCUUCUGCUCCCGAGAACAAAUCUACCGACCAGAAAACUGCGGGAUAUGCCGUGCCGUCCUCGUCGGAAAGGCAGGCAGUGGAUUUUGGGAAGGAGGAAAGGGUACGAGGAAUAAAGUCCUCAUGAGCCGUAAAGAUCCACGUAAAUACAAACGCCGAGGAGGAACGAAGCCGGGCGGGAGUUCUUCGAAACGGAAGGGAGAAGCCAAAUAAAAUUGGCUUGCCUGCUUAAACUACAGUGGUAUAUACUACAAUCGCUGAAACUUGGAUGUCCAACGUCCAUUACGGGCACUUGGUCCAACCGACAUGCACCACUACGGGUGAAAUGGAUAUUCGAUGGUAGUAGGUUACAGUCGAUUUCGAAAACUGAUUCCCCCCAUGGACUCACACGCAUUGUUUCUCGGUCCGUACCUGAGACCACCCUAAUCCGUAUUUGCCCAAAUCAUAACUUACCCUUGUAACUAUAAGAACAGUGUCUAUGCCCCGCCUGUGCUGUCCGCGGUGGCACUUGGCUUCAGGCUUAAGCGUCAUCCACGGUAGGUUGGUUCGUAUACGACCGCCAUCCACGGCUUCCUUUCUCACAACUGCGAUCUUGUAGAACAAUUUGUAUCGACUUGAGAGUUCAAGUGAUCUCGAAACAUGUCACCGGUAGGGUUCCAUGUACCUGACGUGGCACCAUUUGAUAUCAGUCAGCAGAAUCCAUAAACCGUCGUGCUGCGAAAUCCAUAUGUCAUAAUUCUGCAGCUUUCGGAAUCGUUGGAAAUCAAAUGAUUCGGUUGUUCUUGGCCCUCAGACGCAGCCCAUGCAGGAUGUAUACGCCGAGGUAUUGACUGACCUAGCGUUAUUCAUCAACAUGAAUAUGUGUUUCAGCCGUGGCGGUUAGUAGGGCACCAGAAAUAGCCCUCAUUGAACCGUUCCUCUGCCGCCCGCCAACAAGCAAACAAGCAGUCAUGUCCCUAUGAUAAUGAGACAGAAAGCAAGGCUGGCACGCUGCGAGCUAAACACGGAUACGCGAGCCUAUCUCAUCUAUCAUCAACAAAAGAGAGUGAAUGGCUUAGAAUUACACCCACAAGACCAUUUUGGCCACGCCUUACUCUUUCCAAUCGG